UUGGCGACUCCUUCUGGUGGAUAGCUUCGUUUGUUGAGAUCUUCCUUCUGGGGUAAAUUUCAAGCACUUCAAGGAGCAAAGGAGGGCGCCGAUACGGAUGGACUGGUUUUGACUCUGCGCACGCCAGCGGAAAUAUUUCGCCGAAGUACUAUUUAGAAAAUGAGCCAUGCAGCACGACAUGCAAAGAAACUUUCAAUUGGUCCUAGUCAUCUCAAGUCCCUCCUUCGUGAUCGUCCAUGCCUACUUUCAAACCUGAUCGCAGCCAGCCAUUCUAAUGGAACCGAUCCAGUUCUUAAGUCUUGGAGAGGGAGCUGCACUUUUGGGAGAGACCAGCUGCCCAUUGAAAGCCACUGAGGACAUCUGGUUCGGGUGCUGUUCCUGUACCUAUGUCACCAGAGAUCAGCGUGGGAUUGUGAACCACCUGGUCGCCCAUGGUGAUGAACAGUUCAAGUACCAGCAUCCUCCCAUGUCACCUGCCUCUAGAUCCAAAGCGUCCAGCAACACUGAAAAGCAGAAAAGUGAUAGGUUGUUCAAGUGCACGCUAUGCGCCCAAGCCUUUUCUAAGAGUUCUGGUCUGAUCGUCCAUAAUCGAAGACAUUCAGGUGAAAGGCCAUUUAAGUGCAAGCUGUGCCCCAAAGCCUUUUCUCAGGGUUCCUGUCUGAUCCGCCAUAAUCGAACACACUCAGGUGAAAAGCCAUUUAAGUGCAUGCUGUGCUCCCGAGCCUUUACUCAAAGUUCCAGUCUUAUCUGCCAUAAUCAAACACACUCAAGUGAAAAGCCAUUUAAGUGCAACCUGUGCCCCCAAGCCUUUUCUCACAAUUCCAGUCUGAUCCGCCAUAAUCGAAUACACUCAGGUGAAAAGCCAUUUAAGUGCAAGCUGUGCCCCCAAGCCUUUUCUGAGAGUUCUGGUCUGAUCCGCCAUAAUCUAACACACUCUGGUGAAAAGACAUUUAAGUGCAAGCUGUGCCCCCAAGCCUUUUCUCGGAAUUCCAGUCUGAUCCGCCAUAAUCGAACACACACAGGUGAAAAGCCAUUUAAGUGCAAGCUGUGCCCCGAAGCUUUUUCUGAGGGUUCUGAUCUGAUCUUCCAUAAUCGAACACAUUCAGGUGAAAAGCCAUUUAAGUGCAAGCUGUGCCCCAAAGCCUUUUCUCAGAAUUCCAAUCUGAUCCGCCAUAAUCGAGACCACUCAGGUGAAAAGCCAUUUAAGUGCACGCUAUGCCCCCAAGUCUUUUCUCGGAAUUCCAGUCUGAUCCGCCAUAAUCGAACACACACAGGUGAAAAGACAUUUAAGUGCAAGCUGCGCCCCGAAGCCUUUUUUGAGAGUUCUGGUCUGAUCGUCCAUAAUCGAAAACAUUCAGGUGAAAAGCCAUUUAAGUGCAAGCUGUGCCCCAAAGCCUUUUCUCAGAGUUCCAAUCUGAUCCGCCAUAAUCGAGACCACUCAGGUGAAAAGCCGUUUAAGUUCACGCUGUGCCCCGAAGCUUUUUCUGAGAGUUGUGGUCUGAUCGUCCAUAAUCGAAGACAUUCAGGUGAAAAGCCAUUUAAGUGCAAGCUGUGCCCCAAAGCCUUUUCUUAGGGUUCCUGUCUGAUCUGCCACAAUCGAACGCACUCAGGUAAAAAGCCAUUUAAGUGCAAGGUAUGCCCCCAAGCCUUUUCUCAGAGGCAAUCUGAUCUGCCAUAAUCGGACCCACACAGGUGAAAAACCAUACAAGUGUAAGUUUUAUCCACAAGCAUUUGGUCUCUAUUCUAAAGCAGCCGCCAAAACCAAAUACACAGUAGGAAAAGCCAUUUAAGUACAGGCUGUGCUCCUGAGCCUUUGCAUGGAAUUCACAUCUGAGACAUCAUAAUCGAACACUGGUGAAAAAUAAUUUAAAUGCAAGAUGUGGCCAAAUGCCACUUUUUCAGAGUUCUUAUCUAAUCUGCAAUAGAUGAACACAGUUGUGAAAAGCCAUUUAAAUGCUAGCUAUGUUCCCAAGCCUUUGCUCAAAGUAGUAAGCUGAUGAAACACAGUCGAGCACACGGAUUAUAAGCCAUACAAAUGCCUGCAUACACCCCGAGCCUUUGCUCAAAAUUUUCACCUCAGAAGCCAUAAUCAAGCACGCAGGUGAAGAGCCAUACAAGCAGGGGUAGAAGCGCUGCGCCAUUGUGUGCCAUUCCAUUUUUGCUGCACCAUCCUCUUCCCAAGCACAAAUGUUGCGCCAAAACUAUCCAAAAAAGUUUUUUUUAGUUAUGAAAGCAGGUGACUUUUUUAUGAAAACAGGUGUCGAUUGCCCAUUUUAAUCUAACGAAAAUUGUGAGAAUUUAUUCAAGACCAGGUAAGUAGACAGUGCUCCGUUUUGUGGUCGUAUGUUGGUGAGCUGUCAAGUGCCAGCAGCACAGGGGAAAACCGCACGAGUUGUUUGUUAAAGUUGUCCGUUCCGUACCAGUGCCGUCGAAGCACUUGUUUGGGUGCGUUGCUUUGUGCCGUCAGUGCCAGAGCUCGGCCAAGAUUGCAUGUAGGUGUCUGAUCUUCGAAAAUGGGAACUGCAUAGGUGGUUUUGUCAGAAGUACUGAGACUUGCUAGUUUUGUCAGCCACGUUUUUUAGCAAACUCCUAAACAAGCUUUUUUAUUCUAUUUAGUCAUGCUUGUUUUAGUAAGGUCUUAGGCAGUUGUGUAUGAGCAGAGAAGAUAUCAUGAACUUUUCAAUAUUCUGCAUUUGUACUAUAAUGAGAGAUUUGUAUUCUGUUGACUUGAGUAUAGGAAUGCAUUUAUGUUUGCUAAACAGGACUUGGGGAACAUUUGUAUCCCCUAGUAAUGAAAACUAUAGUCAGUUAGCAUUUGGCUUAAUUUCAUCCCAUACUAUUGCAUUUUUGAAUGUUUUUGUUUUCAAAUUAUGGAUACUUGUGAUUUGGGUUGUUAAAUAGGCACAAUGUAUUGUUUUUAUGACGCUUAAGCUGUGCUUAUUUUGUUGACUAUGCUUUCUAUUGGAAACCUAUAAGAGGAACCAACCCUCUACCAGGACAGUUUUCAAAACCUAUCAUUUAGAUAAAUUGCAUUUAUGAUGUUUGCUUUUUAAUGGUAAGGGCUGGAUUAGGAUUUAAGAAAAGGGUAUUUUUGGAAAUGGUGCUGUACGUUACAUGUAGAUGCUUUUUCGUUAUGAUAUUUGUUGUACUUAGAAACAAUUUCUGUGCUUAUAGACCCAAGUUCGACCUGGGUGACCAGCUCCAGGGUUUACUUUAGCAGCUACGAAACUCUACUUUUGUGGUUCCUGAGCUGCUCCAAAGGGGCAUCUUUGCUGCUCUCAGACCUGCUACAAAAGGCUGAAGCUUGCUUUCACCCCUGUACAGGCGUCCCCUAGCCUUGGCUCAUUCCAAUCUGAUCCACCAUAAACAAACACAGCUGUGAAAAACCUUAUAGUGCGGCUGUGUUUCCAUGACUGCUCGGAAUUGCAAUUUUAUGAACCACACCAAAACCUCAUAAGUGAAAAGAUAUACAAGUGCAAGCUUUGAUCUAAAUUUUUGUAUCCCUCCGUAACCGAGCGUGCACGGGUGAGAAUGAUAUUUUGAUCCGCCACAAUCAAGUGCACUUACACGGAAAGGUUUACGAAACAGCUGCAAGUUUAGCCUUCCAUGCUCUGUAACUUGUGGAAUCAUUUGACUCAUGUAGAGAUAUACACCAUUUCAGUUGAAGUGUAUAAAUGCAUGUGGUGCCCUAAACUGACAUUAAUGCAUUGACUUAAAGUACAGCAAUUUUCCUGUACAUUUUAUGAUGCAUCUGUUUUGUGCUGAUCUGAUCCACCAUAAACACAGAGCUGUGAAAAACCUUAUAGUAUGGCUGUGUCUUUGGAUGACGAACCUAAGGGCACUUGCACUAAUCAGGUGGCAGGGAAUGGCCUUAUGAGCUGUCUACUUCUCAGAACGGUUGGUUGCAUAUCCAGUAUGGUUACCACAUUGAUUGUGCACACAUAGCCAAACUCUUGCAUUGCUACAAGCCUUUCAUCUGAAUGCUACUGUUUGUAAUCACACAAAUGUGUUGACGAGUAGGAAGCAAUUCCUUGCCAGAAGUGAUCAAGGGGUUGGUCAGUGUAAUGACAAACCUUUAAAAUUUUCAAUAGAUGGAAAUAGGUCAGUGUAGCUCAUUUUAGGUUUUUUCUCAUAUGUUUGUUUUUACUCCUGUCUGUUUAAAAUAUAGGCACUUGCAGAAAAUAAAUAUGUAAGCAAAUUUUCUUUUGAUUAUCAAAAAACGAAGUGUCAGUUUUAAUUCCUAUACUGGCUUUUUUCUGCUUUUGCGAUCCUAGUACCCUAGUGUAAAGUAAUUUUUUAGGUUUUAAUUUCUUCAUGCUGUAGCGUGCCCUUCCAUUUUAGCAAUCAAGUUGGCUUGGAACCGAUUUUUGAAUGUGUGUGCACUGCAGUGGUUCGUGCUCCCGAUUUGAACCUUGCUCUACUCGGGGAUUCGGGGACGCAAAAUCGUGAAGCGUUCCACAUUUUUUUGCGCUUGUCUCUUCUCUCUUCCCUCUUCUCCGUUCCUUUCUAUUUGUGCACAAUUUUAAUCAUGUUCAAUCAUUACCAACUCGCCCAACUAACCACUUUACUACCGUCAAAGGCACUGGCACGCAUUCCCUCUCCAAUUUUGAGCACUUAUGGAAGUUGUGCGUGCGCUCUCUUCUCUGAAAGUCCGAGAAAAGCUGUCCCCCUAGUAUAGUCGUAUUCCCACUCCACCAAGCAGGUUUUACAAUUGACAGCGUGUCAAUUUUUAAUACUCCAUAAUGCUUUUUCACCACUGUGUUGAAGGAGGGAUAUAGAGAAUUGAACUGACUUGAACUCGCCCAAAUUCUAAGUGUUCUUGCAUCCUUUCCUCCACUGGCACCUUCAUAAUCAUGUAUUCAUAUGACACCUGCUUUGAGAUAUCGCUCUUGUGUUUAGGUGGUCACAAUUUUCUGUUGCUCUGUAUUCUUCUUCUUGAUAGUUGUUUCCGUGUACCUGUAUGUCGGAGUUCUCGGAUCGUAGGUGUCAUGUAUGCCAGACAAUGACUUUUGUACUAACACAUCCAUUUUUUUGCUCGGUUUACUGCAUCCUGUGUGUUGUUGGUCAAUGUGUGCAUAGUUUUGCAUUGUGUAAUGCAUUUUUAUAUCUUAAACUGCAGAUGAUAAAUAUGUAAUCAGAGUUCUGUAUUGGUGUUCCUCCAAAUAAAUAGAGACAGUUCAAGCAUCCA